AACUUUCAUCUCAAUAUUUAUAUCUAUAUUAAAAUUGAUGCUUUGUGGUUGUUGUCUUAUUCACGAUGUCCAAGACAGAUUUUUUAUCAUGGGACGACGAUUUAGAUUUAGAUAUAUUGUUAGGGGAAUACACAGAUACUGACCAAAUUGUAGAUAGUGACGACGACUUUGUUUUAGAGACGGUUGUGCACCCCCCAAAAAAGGCCAAGGGAAUUGACAAGAGUUUAAGUGCAGAUGUUACUGCUACUGAUGGUUACAAAUGUCCUGACUGUGACAAGAUUAUGAAAUCUAUCUCUGGGUUCCGUGGACACACUUCAAGACAACAUGGAAAUCAACUGAAAGCAACAGACCACAAGGCCAAUAAACCAGAUGUACUUGUACAUGUACAGGAGAAAGAAAAUACACACUCCUCAACUCCCACAAUAUCCAUAGAUGAGAUUUUCCCUAAUGCAUACCAGUCAACAUUUAAAGCCCUUGAAUAA